GUACCUUCGGCCAGGGACUAUGCUGAAUGCAACGAGACAAAAGCUGGGAUUGCCAAUCACCUGGCGUUUGGGAACACUCAUGCGAAUGAUGCAAAUGAUGACUGGAUCAAUGUUGCUAGCACUGGAUCUCACAGCACAAAGGUUCUGCAUUUACCAUCCAAGUCAACACGCCCAUUAGUCAAACAGACCUACCUAUGGGAACCAGAAGCCCUGUUCCGACAAAGUAUGAUGUCAAAUGCCCACUGCGUAAAGCAAGUCAAUAGCUGCCACUAUUCAGAGGUAAAACGGUCAAGGUUGUACAUAGCAGAGGACUGUGCAACAACUGUCUUAGAACUGAAAACGUGGCAAUGUUCUGCCCUAAGGAAAGCUACUGCCAGAUUUCUGGAUGUAAAAUAAGUCAUCGAAAGCAUUUCACAUUUCAGCACCCCAGAGGUGACAAACCAGUCAAGAUGGAAUCACCUGCAGCAUCUGAGGCCCAGCCAAGCAAUGCACAAAAUGACAGACCGAAUGAUGAAGCGCUAAGGUGUUUCAUGGAAGUAGUU